GGUAGGUGGAGUUGCGAUCAGUCGUGAAUUGUGAAUCCACCCAAGAAACACCGAAUAGCGGUGUCGGUACAUUCGCGUAGUGUGUGUUAACUAGUGUAAUUUUUUCCAAAAAUGUGGCAUUUACCGACGAUAUUUUGUGCUGUUUUUAUGCUCAGUGGAAUUUACGGCGAGACAACGGGUCUGGGUCUGCAGGAUAAUGGCGGUCUGGGGGGCAGUAACGGCGGCGCCGUAUCCCAUUUCGAACCACAGGUGGCCAUGUUGUGCGAUUCGGGGAUGCACGGUCAAGAGGCGUAUCAUCCUAAGUAUAUGACGGAGCAGGGAGAGUGGGUGUCGGACCUUUAUUCGAAGGCGACAUGCUACAAGGACAAGAUGGACAUUCUUAACUACUGUAAAAAGGUAUAUCCCAAAAGGGAUAUAACUAACAUAGUAGAAAGCAGUCACUACUUGAAGAUAGCGGCUUGGUGUCGAGCAGGAUCGGCUCCAGGAGCCCAGACGAGAGGAAAAUGCAAAACGGCAAGAUGGGUUAAACCAUUUAGGUGUUUAGAAGGUCCAUUCCAAUCUGACGCGCUUCUAGUACCGGAAAGCUGUAUGUUCGAUCACAUCCACAAUCAGACCAAUUGCUGGACCUUUGGUCGCUGGAACUCCACAGCUGGAAACGCUUGCCAAGAAAAAGGAUUACAACUGAGAUCUUUCGCUAUGUUGUUACCUUGCGGAAUAUCCUUGUUUAGCGGUGUCGAAUUUGUGUGCUGUCCGAAACAUCUCAAAGAAAACUCAAAACCAAAGAAACCAGUCGAUCUCACCAUCCUCAAGAAAGAACAAGAAGUCUUCGACAACGUAGACGAUGACGACGACGAAGAAUCCGACGAAGACAUCGAUAAAGACGAUCUGGAAGAUUUAGCCGACGAAACCGAACUAUCCGAUGAUCCGAACAUCGAUGAUGAGGAUGAUGAAGAUGAUGACGACAUUUACGAUGAGGAUAUCGAUUGGGAUACAACACCUUCAAGCACAACUGCAGGAUAUAAAUCAGUAGUGUCUUCAACGACUCCCAGUACGACUACGACGGAAAAAACAACAACAAUGGCUACACCGGAUCCUUAUUUCACUCAUUUCGAUCCAAGAAACGAACAUGAAAGUUAUAAAGAGGCGCAAGAGCGUUUAGAAGAAACUCAUCGUGAAAAAGUUACCAGGGUAAUGAAAGACUGGUCAGAUUUGGAAGAAAGAUACCAGGAUAUGCGACAAUCAGAUCCCCGGGCAGCGGACGAAUUUAAACAGAGAAUGACGCAGAGAUUUCAACAGACAGUUCAAGCGCUAGAAGAGGAAGGAGAUGCUGAGAAACACCAGCUGGCUGCUAUGCAUCAGCAACGAGUAUUGGCACAUAUUAAUCAGAGGAAGAAGGAAGCGAUGGCUUGUUAUACUCAGGCUUUGAAUGAUGUUCCUCCAAAUACUCAUCGUGUUCAAAAAUGCCUUCAAAAACUUCUGAGAUCAUUACAUAAAGACAGAGCUCACGCCAUUAGCCACUACCGCCAUCUUUUGGCUAACAGCAUAGAAGCAGCUGCCAGAGAACAACCUAGAACAUUAGAACGUCUAACAGACAUCGAUAGAACUGUUAACCAAAGCAUGCAAAUGCUGCAGAGGUAUCCUGAUUUAGCAUCAAAAAUUGGACAACUAAUGGACGAUUACAUUCAAGCACUCCGUUCCAAAGAUGAAACGCCUGGAUCGCUUCUGGCCAUGACAUCUGAUGCUGAACAAGCCAUUCUGGACCAGUACAAGUCGGAGGUUGCUACGAAGCAGGCCGAAAGGGUACGACAGAGGAUUCAAGAGAAGGAACGGAAGGAGCAGAGGAAGAAGGAGAAAUCAGAAUUGAAAGAGGAGAAAAAACGCGUCGAGGAAGCUUUAGGAAAGAAGAUUAGCAAUUUUGAUGAUGAAGAUAUGGAGGAUGAAUCUUUACCUGAAGAAAGAACAUCUACUACAUCUCAACCAACAUCAGGCAUCACUUUCGCCGAAAUUAUGAGCAAUUCGAUAACGGCAACUUCAGAAAAUCACAACGUAGACGACGCCGCAGUACAAGAAGCCGUCGAGCAAGUUGCAAAAGCCGCGUCUCAUCGACAAGACAUUAUUAGAGUAGCGCACGUCUUGAACCACGAAAUCAGCCACGGUGAACCUUCUUACUCCGUAAGGCGAGAAGUAUACGGUCGCAAAGACGGCAAGAGCGUCUAUUUUACGCUAGCUUUCGCCGGCAUGGCUCUGAUGGCCGCCAUAGUCGUCGGCGUGGCCGUCGCCAGACGCAAGACCGCCAGAUCGCCCCAAAGCCAAGGAUUCGUCGAAGUCGACCAGGCGGCCACGCCCGAAGAGCGACACGUAGCGAACAUGCAAAUAAACGGCUACGAAAAUCCGACUUAUAAAUAUUUCGAAGUCAAAGAAUAAAUUUUGACGGGGUUUUGAUUUCGAUUGGUAGUUGUUUUUCGCCUGGCAGCACAUUAUUUAUGAUAUUAUUUUCGAUGCAGGAUAUUAUAUGUAUUGUUUUCCAAUAGGUGCGCGCGCGAUUCUAAAUUCGACGGAGGAAUCACGGGAUUGAGGUUUUAGUUGCGGUAUGUUUCACUACGGAUUUCAUGAAAAUGGAUAAAACUGAUCGAUUCUGAAAUGAUCUAUAAAAU